AUGAGGGUGUUCGUGGACACUAAGUUUGGCGCAACGUUCACCUCUGAUCUUAGUCGCAUCAAUAAACUAUCAGAUAUCAAAAAGCGGAUCGAGAACUCUCAUGGUAUCCCUGUUUCCACGCAAAAGCUCUUCUUCGAUGGCGUGGAACUUCUUGUAGAUCAUUAUCAACUCCCAACGUAUCGCAUCGUCAAUAACUCUCGCCUCCUCCUCGAAGUACGUGAUGAUCACGUCAACAAUCAAAUGCUCCAUCAAUCUCCAUAUGCAACUCAAGGCUUCGUCCCUUCCAUGGCGAUGCGCAACUACGAUCAAGCGCCACCGUCCCAUGCAAGUUCAUCUUUCUUUAAUCAAGAUCCGCAUACGAUGGCGAAGAGCAACCAAGUGCCACAGUCACAUGCAAGUGCAUCUUUCUAUAAUCAAGAUCCGCGUACGAUGGCGAGGAGCAACCAAGUGCCACCGUCACAUGCAAGUGAAGCUUUCUAUAAUCAAGAUCGGCUUGUGAGCAACGACGGUCAAGUGCUUCAUCAACCCGAUGUACUAGAGUCAUUUUCCAUGGACGAGUUUCUUGAAAGAGCUCCAUGGCCUGGGACAACCGGAGACAACGUUAACAUUCAAGAAUCGUCUGGGAGAGACAACGAGAAUCAAGAUUUGUCUCCACCGCCGCAUAAGCUGACAGUAAUCAUGACGCAGUAUGAUAAACCUGGGAGUGAUUUUCUGGUUGAUGUGAACGCUAGUGAUAACGUUGGGGAGCUGAGGAAAGAGCUGGAGAAGAUGCAACAGAAGUAUCAGUUAGAUCUGCCUGCAGAAGGCUACUUCUUUAUGCACAAAGAGAGAGUGUUGGUCGAUGAUAAGUCCUUCAGCAUGAACCGAGUAGCUAACGGUGAUACCAUUGAGAUUUUGCCCGAACCUGAUAUCAAGGACUUCUAUACAUAG